AUGUCCGUCACCGUGGAUGCAAACUAUUCACAAGGAUUGGUCGACUAUCCUUCACCAUGUUCAUCAGCUGCUUCUGAUUAUGAAGAAUUAGAAGAAAAACAAUUCGAAUAUGAGCCAAUUUAUAAAACCACAGAAUGGCAAAAUACAGGAACACAAGAAGUCAAAGUUUACAGGCCGACGUACGAACAAAUGCUAAACUUUGAUCAAUUUAUAAUUGAUAUUGAAAAAGAUGGAGCCCACCGUUUUAGUGGAAUAUGCAAGGUAUACUUUUAAAUAUACUGGUUGUUUUUUAGAUGGAGUAAAUUAUGAAUUAUACCACUUUAUUUUAAAAAUUUAAAUUUAGUAUAAUACAAUUGUCUUCAUAUAAUUUUAUAUUAUAGGUCAUACCUCCAGAACAAUGGCUUCAAGAAAAUAAUCCAAGAAUGUUGUACAAAAAAUUAAAUCAUCUUAAAUUAAAAAAGGUAUGCUUUAACUACCGUUAAAUGACUUUUUAAAUUAUGUAAGAAGUAUUUUAAUAUUUUUACAGAGCUCUUCGAGUCAACAUAAACCAAGUGAAACAACGUGGUGUCUAUCUCCAGCAGAACUUUACUACUGAUUACGAAGAGAAACCUUUAACCGUUGAGGAUUUUAAGCAGAUGGCUAUGUUGGACCCUAACAAAGAGCACUACAGUAUAGCAGAAAAAGAAAAACUUUUCUGGCAAACAAUCGACAACAGUAGUAUUAAAGGUCUAUAUGGAGCUGAUAUUGAAGACACGUUAUUUAGCGAUGACAUUACUGUUUGGAAUAUGAAUGAUACUGGACCUUUGUUAAGGGAGCUGGCAAAAGAUGUGGGUUUUUUAUUUAAUUUAGCAAAAUUUUGAGGCUUAAACACGAAAUUAAUCAAAAUAUAAAUUUCGAUCAAUUUACGAUAAUAAAUAGUUAAAUUUAGAUAGAAAUUGCUGGCGUUACUGUACCGUAUCUUUAUUUUGGAGCACCAGACACGACUUUUUCUUGGCACGUUGAAGAUUGUGACUUGUACAGUAUUAACUACCAGCACUUUGGAGAACCAAAAUUCUGGUACGCUAUACCAAGCUAUGAAGCUGAUCGUUUUGAGCGGUUGUGCUAUCAAUUGUACAGAGAACAGUUUGGUGGUGUUUGCAAAAGCUUUAUACGACACAAGAUCUGUAUUGUCAGUCCUGAAAUCCUACGCAAGCACGAGAUUACAUUUGGAAACAUUGCACAGUAUCCUGGAGAAUUUAUUAUAACUUUUCCUAGAGUAAGUUUUGUAAUUAUUUUUUUUACUGUAAUCUUUAUACUAUAAUACAUUUUAACUUUAGGGAUAUCACAUGGGAUUUAAUGUUGGAUUCAAUUGUAAUGAAGCCAUUAACUUUGCCAGUGAAAGGUGGUUGCCAUUUGGAUUGAAUGCUAAGAUGUGUGACUGUUAUCCGUCAAUCUCUGUACGUCUCUACCUCACGGACUUUUAUUCAAAUUAUGUUCAAAAGAAGGUUCCGUUUGGAUACAAAAUACCCAUGCUAGAGAAGAAGGAUAAUGUCGUGUCUAACGUUACGCUAGAAGAAAAGCACAAGCUUCGUAAAGUGGACAUUUUUAACUCAAACUUUACGAAAGAAGUAGCUUAUAAUGAAACUGCUGGACGUAUUUACCCGUAUUGUUCAGUAUGCCAACAUUUUGCACCUAACGUUCCAAUCAAGAAGAGUGGCAAGAAUACGUAAGUGUUAAUUUUUAUUUUUUUUUUAAUUUUUAGGUGUAAAUAUGAUUCAUUGAGCUCAGUAUUAAAGUGGUAAUUUUAUUUUUUCAAAAAACUAGUAUAAAAUUAAAAUAUAGCUAUAUAUGCCACGUGCGUUACAAAAAAAAUUAGACGUUCAGUCAAAAACCGCGAAUUCUUGUCUAAAAGGCAUUUAGACAAGAAUUCCAAAUUUCUUAUCUGAAAAGAUAGAAGAGACCAUGCUCUCUCGCCGCGAAGAGAACAACGUCUUUUUUUCUUUGCGCGCUUUCAGACAAGAAUUCGCUGUUUUUGACUGAACGUCCAAUUUUUUUUGUAACGCACCUGGCAUAUAUCAUUACAUUUAGGUCCUUAAACUUGGUUACAAACUUGGCAAAGCGGAAAUGGUUUUUUGACAAACAUGAAUUCAUCGAUGAUUACGUUCGGAAAUGUAAACUUUGUAAAGUCGUCGUACAUUACCAAUGUUCCUCUCCGUGCGUCGAAAGCAAAUUUUAUUAUUGUGAUGCUUGUCGAGACUUUGCGGGUUUGGAGCAAAGUGUUCAAGAGUACCGUCGAGAAUUCAGAUGCUGUGAAUGGUGUUGUAUACGAGGUGGUCCUAUGAUUCAACUACUGUUGUAUGAUAACCAGCUUACUUUGCAGCAAAAUGUAAGUCAUUAAAGUUUGUAUAAAAAUUAAUUUUAACUCAUUUAUAGAGUAAAAUAGUUUAGUUUAGUGUUUUGUCGUAUAUUAUAAUGUUAUUUUAGUUAUGAGUUUAAAUUAUUCAUCAAAAAUAUUUCUAGGGAAAACCAAAACGUUUUGUCCACGUUGUGUGUGCUCUCACGAAUAGACUGGCAUGGAUUGCUCGUGUAAAAGCUGACAUUUUGGUCGUAUGUGCUUACCUACAACCAAAAGAGAUAGCUACAGGAAUGUUCUACUCAAGUCUACUGCCAAUAAAAAACCUUGGGGAACCGCGGCACAAAAAUCAACUCAAGUUUCUGGAGCAUCGGCAUGACUACUUUGCUGGGAACUGUCUUGAGAAUCAUUGUAGCUACUGCCAGGAAGCGUUGAUAGACAUGUCAGUAGUCAGAUGUGAAAAAUGUUUUGAAGAAAACAAUGUCACUGAAGUGUAUCACGUCACUUGUGCUAAACUACGAGGUCUGAUGUUGGUGUUGGGGUCUUUUCCAGAUGUUCUUACCGCUCUAUGUUCGAAACAUCUUCAACAAAAAGAUCCUGGCAAGUGUUGUUUAAAAGAGAACCAAGAAGUGUACCUGAAAGACAAAGAUGGCAAGUUCGAAAAGAGGACAGUUACUUACAAAGUGGCUAGAAAUUACUUGGUUUUACGAUUAUUGGACAAGUCUGAAGUUACAGUAACCGAUGCACAUGUAAAACAAUGUAAUUGUUGUGAAAAUGGCAGUGAGAAUAACCAUAAAGUUGGGUCUGUGGUAAGCUAUAUACAUUUUUCUAUUUAAAACUUAUUUGUAUUUGUAUUUUAUAAAACUUAAGUUUAUAUAAACAAAUAUUUAAAAAUAAUUUUUUAGCUAAAAGUGCAUCGUGAAGCAGAAUCUUCAGACAUCGUUUGGGGCUAUCUAAUCAAGAAGGUCCACCCGUUUGUGUAUUUUUGUAAGAGCGAAUCAGACAAGUUGGUACAAGUGGAAAGAGAUGAUUUAUAUACCGUACUAGAAAUGAAAAAAGAAGGUCAAGGAAGUUGGAAUCAAAGCGAUUCGCAGACUGAAGAUUCUGAAUCUUCGUCGCCUUUAGAAUCUUCUUCAGAUGAAGAAUUUGGUCCGUAUUACUGUAAAAAGAAGAAACGCAACAAGAAGCAUAAGCUGGCAAAGAAAGAAGCUGUUAAGGUCAAGUUACUGCUGUCUGAUGUUGCAGAAGCACCAAACAGUCAGCUAACAGUACCAAAGCUUGCAACAAAUGUAUCAAGAUCACUAGUGCUUAAACGAAAGAUGGCUAACACGACAGGUGUACCAAUGUUACCAACAAGAACUCUGCAACCACAUGGUAAUAGGAAAAGACUAGCAAUUAAUAUCACACAUCGAAACUUUGUACAUAAGGUGUACGAUGAUAUGAUUGAUAAGUUUAUAUCAGGAACGGCAGAAGAGAAGGCUGAAGUACGAAUCUUCAGAAAUCAGAAUCCUAACUUUGACAGGUAUCUAGAUAACAAGUUCAAGAACAAGCUGUCUUAUGUAUACGUUCAGAACAUGUAAGUUUUACCUAUGCAAAUCACUAUGUAUUAUUAAUAGUUAUGUUUUACAUAACAUAUACUUAUUACUGUAUUAUUGUAGUCUUAAAUUUAAGUUAUGCUUUUUUAAUGUUAAACUAAAAUAAUUUUCGAAGUGUUGAUUAUUUUAAAAUAUUUUAGACAAGAGCACGCUCAUGCUUCAGUAUCUCUGAGUUCAUGCUACAGUGUACAAUGUGCUCCAGUGACAGUUGAUGCUACUGUAAAUGUAAGCUUAGCUUCCUUACCGUUUCCAGCAACGCUAAGUGUCAAGGCUACUUCAAGUGGACUAAAGACAUUGGAGAAGAAGAGGAGAAGCACGGUGAGAAUGGGAAAGCCUGGCUGUAAACGAAAGCAUGAUAAUGUAAGUGUCAAAGUAUAACAUGUAUUUUUUUAAAUUUUACUUUACGUGUUAAAGUGAAUCUUUAGAAUUGUAUUUUAAAGCUUUGUAAUAUGUCAGCUUUUCAGCUAACAAAUGCGUUAUUAAACCUAAAACAAUGUAAAAUAAUGGUGGAGCCUGUAGAUGACCGGGUCAUGAAGUUGUUGUUGGAGUCUGGUCAGAUAAAGCCACAGAGCUCUAAAUAA